AUGGAGUUGUCCAGCGACCAGAAAGAGCCUGAAACAGUCGAACAGCCUUGCCUGAAAUGGAUGCUACAUGUAGACGAAUCUUCUAAUGCCAACAAUGGAGGAGUAGGCAUAUUAAUUCAGGGGCCAAAGGGAGUAGAGAUUGAAGUUGCAGCUCGCUUAUCUUUCCCAAUUGAAGGAACGUACGAAACAAGGGAGAGGACGAUGACAUCGUACAAAGAGAUCGUUCAGCGAUUAAUGGGUAAAUUUGAGAAGUUUUUUGUUUUGCAGGUUCCUAGGGCUGAAAACGACAAGGCGGAUGCCUUAUCUAAGUUUGGAGCUGCAAUCGAUGGAAUCCGAGAUAGUAAGAUCACAGCCCUAGUACGCGAGCGAUCGGCCCUUUCGAGCAGAAUGGAGGUGCAGGUGGUUUCAAAGACAGGGUCAUGGAAGAAUGAAAUUGUGAAGUAUCUUGAGGACGGUACCCUGUCCGUCGACCCCAUUGCUGCGAAGAGGGUUAAAUUUCUAGCUACCCGAUUCACCUUGCUAGCCGGCCAGCUCUACAAGCGGACGGUGGAUGGGCCUCUCUUGAAAUGCUUAGACAAGGAAAGAGCCCUAUACCUGAUGCGAGAAAUCCACGAAGGGAGUUGCGGAAACCACUCGGGCGCGAGAUCACUGGCCCAAAAGAUCAUGCGACAAGGAUAUUUCUGGCCCACCUUGGUCAAAGAUUCCAAGGACUUGGUGAGGAAACGUGAGAGCUGCCAAAAAUACGCGUCCCUAAUCCACCAGCCUGCGACCCCAAUGGAGCAUAUCAGAAUAGCGUGCCCAUCCGAUCAGUGGGGAAUUGACAUCGUAGGACCUUUUCCACCCGCCCAAGCUCAGAAGAAAUUCAUCAUUGUGGCGGUCGAAUACUUCUCCAAAUGGGUCGAAGCGGAGGCUGUGGCCAAGAUAUCCGAGAAGGAAGUCAUCAACUUCAUUUGGAAGAACAUCAUUUGCAGGUUCGGGAUACCUAGAAUACUGAUAUCUGAUAAUGGCACCCAGUUUCAAGGAAGAAAGAUUACGGAGUGGUGCAAGGAACUGAAGAUCGCGCAACACUUCACAGCGGUCGCAAACCCCCAAGCGAAUGGACAAGCCGAGGUGACUAACCGGACAAUCUUGCAGCACUUGAAGACACGCCUAGAGAACAAGGGAUCGUGGGUUGGCGAACUGCCUAGAGUUCUAUGGGCGUACCGCACAACUCCGCGAUCUGCCACGUGCGAGACCCCUUUCUGCCGAGUAUACGUACAGAAGCUAUUAUUCCGGCCGAAAUUAGGGAGGAGUCCCAAAGAAUCAUGGAGUAUGAUCUUGAAGCUAACCGGGAUGAACGAAACUUCGACCUCACGGUAA